GUGUCGUGUGUCACGCGCACUAAACUGGGCUUUAUUCACAGCAGCGUUUGCAGUUCAUGUUUAUUGGAAAGUGGAAACUUUAACUUAAUUCGGACCUUUUUCACAUAUUUACACCAUGUGUUAGUGGAGAUCAGAUUCGUUCUGUCCUUUUGAGGUCGUCAUGGCAUCGGAAAGGACCGCUGAGGAUCCAGUCAUAGAACGUAGUUCCCUCCCACUGGACAUCGACGAUGUUCACGUACUGCUUCAAGUGGAGCAGGAACAGAUUCAGAAGAGAACCUUCACCAACUGGGUGAAUGCACAGUUAUCAAAGAGGAGGCCUCCAGUGGUCGUGCUGGACCUUUUCAACGAUUUUAGAGAUGGAUCCAGACUGCUGGACCUUCUGGAGGUGAUGUGCAGCCAGAGGAUGAGUCGAGAGAAGGGCAAAGGUGUGUUCCAGCACAGGACAAACAUCGAGAAAGCCCUGGCCUUCCUGAGGGGGAAAUCUAUCAAGCUGGUUAACAUAAACGUGCCUGACAUCAUGGACGGCAAACCCUCCAUCAUCCUGGGGCUGAUCUGGACCAUCAUCAUGCACUUCCAUAUAGAGGAGUUGGCUUGCACACUGUCCUUCAGUUCUCGCCAGUCUUCUCUGGAGUCGUUGGCCAGUCUGGAUACUCGCUCGACGAGCAGCAGUGCACGCAACAGCCCGGUGCCACCGCAUGGGUCACCGUUACACACACGCUUCAGGAUCUCCGCUAAAAAAGCCCUGCUGCUCUGGGUCAGAGAGCAGUGCCACAAGGCUGGCUGUACUCUGAACGUGAAGGACUUUAAGGCGAGUUGGAGGAGCGGCGUGGUGUUCUUGGCCAUCCUCUGCGCUCUGAGGCCAGACGUGGUGAGUUUAUCCAAAGCCAGAAGCCAAAGCAACAGACAGAACCUGGAGGAGGCGUUCCACAUCGCAGAGAGAGAGUUACAUAUACCUCGCUUACUGGAUCCAGCAGAUGUGGACGUGAGAGACCCAGACGAGAAGUCCAUAAUGACGUACGUGGCUCAGUUUCUCCAGUACACCAAAGACACCCCAGCUUCCGAAGAGGACAUGCAGGUUCAGUAUCUCACUCCUACUUCACGUGCCUCUCCGGUGAAUCUGCCCUGUAACUUCACUCCUGCUGUCGCAGCCUCUCCAUCCCGACAGACCUCGUCUACACAGAAAGUCCAGGAGGUGACGUGUUGGCUGGAGCAGGCAUAUCAGGAGCUGCUGGAGGGAUGGGAGUCCACCGAGGGAGAAAGCUACGCUGAGAGAUACCACGUGUUCCAGACUUUCGUGGUGUCCUUUAACGAGCAGCGGCGGCCCGUUAUGCCGUUGCUGACUGCGAUGAAGAGGACGACGAAGCUUAGCGAGGAGCAGCGAGCUCUCCGACAUGCUUGGGAUUCUCUGGCUGAAAAGCUGCGUGAGUAUAAGACAGAGUUAGACCUGAGUCUGCCUUCUCCUCUGGACGCCGUGGGACGCUGGUUACUGAGGGCCGAGGAGACCUUGGCUGAUGGUGAUGAUAAUUGUCAAGACCAUGCAAGAGCUGCUCAGGAGGCCCGUGAGAAACAUGAAAUGUUUAAGUCCUGUCUGGAGGAGAUGCCUCGACACAUGAAGACGUUCCAGGUGUUCCGGAAUAAGGACGAGUACGGAGAAACGGCGGUUCCUACCGACAAACUGGAGGAGAUAAAGAGAAGGUUCACUACUGUUCGUGUCAGCGCUAAAUAUCACGGUAUAAGACUCGAUUACCAGGAUCUCAGACACACAGUGUUAGAUCUGCUGGCUCAGCUGAACAUCAAGCUACGCACUUGGAAAAGAGGAUACGUUUCCCAGGAGGCCGUGCGGGUCCUGCUGAAGGACUGGAACGAGACCGUCAACAAGCAGGGACUGCCUUCUAUGCUGGAAGAAACUCUUCGCAAGCUCAGACACAUCGCUAACAAAUAUACCAGCAAGUCUGCUUUGGCGGGCGACUCAAACCGUGUAAGUAAUCAGAUGAAAGAUAUAGAGACAGAGACCGCAGCGAUAUUUGAAGAGGUGAGGAUGGUGAAAGGCACGAUAUCACGCACGCUAACGGCUUGGGACUCCUACUGCGACUCUUACACCUCAUUACACGCCUGGCUGGAGCAGGGAUCUCAGACAUACAGACACGGACAGCAAUCCGAAGUGACUAUAGACAUGAUGUCCGAGUGGAGCUCUUGUAGGGAGCGGCUAAACGAAGUCGGGAACUACCUGACGGACGUCACGGAUCCACAGACCAGCCGCUCAGUUUCUGACAAUCUCUGCAGGAUUAACCUGAUGUGGGCCGAUUUUGUCAGAAGAACCCAGUUCGAACUCGUCGAAGAACCGAGUGUAACUUCUCAGUCUCUCCAGGGUUUGAUUAGAGAGGCCACACAACUCCUUAAGGAACCGGUGGAGGUGCUAUCAGGAUCACUUCGAACGUACAGGAAGAGACUUCAGUUCAUGAUGAAGAAAAUACAGGAUGUGGAUCUGGAUUCUCUCUCUCCAUCACUCGAGUUCUCAACUGAAACUCUAAGCAAAUUCAAGCAGGCCAUUCCAGAGGUGCUGCGGACGCUCUGCGAGGCCAUGCAAGUGUCUGAAGAGUUGCAGCAAACCGUGUCGAGUCUGGACGGUCGUCUGGCCGAACUUAUACACUGGGAGGCCGAAGUCAGAGAAUUUUAUGAGCUCCUAAAGGAUAAAUCACACCGACUGCAAAGGGAGCAAGACUCGAGGACACGGUCACUGAUUUCUAGAGGUCUACAGCUAGAAGGCCAGGUGGUGAUGGAAGAGCAGGACCUGCAGGAGAUGGUGAUGUCACAUCAGAAGAACUCACCACUACAGUACCUCAUGGCCUCUACCAUGCAGGACAGGGUCCGUUCGACAGUCACGCAAUCACAGGAAGCUGUUGGGAUGCUCAGCUCCUUGGGCAUUCGCAGAGAUCGAAGCCCUACAGGACAUCAGCCUCCGCGAAAGGUUUUCGUCCAGGAACAAACGGUUACAAAACCCGAAACGCAGCCUCAGACGGUACCUAUGAUCGUCGUCCAGGAAUACCAAGAAGAGAAGAGUCAAAUCCAACAAGUAGCAAAAUCACAGUUAAGCCAAGAGUCAGUAAAAGACCUUUUACUUCAGAGUAAACCUGAAGCCCAUGCACAACAACAGGUUCUAACUGAAGUCAAGCCACAGGCUAAUCUAGUAGAUGUUGUAGCCUUUGGGGAAACGAAGAGAAAAAUACCAAGUAAUACCAAAGAAACCAUGGAAUCUCAGUCAUAUCACCUGGAUACGAAACAAACACAAAAGCAAAUCCAUCCAGCACCUCUGAUUGCGCAUGAGGAACCAACACAACCACAGAUGCAAUCGGACUUUCAGCAGCAAACCCAGGGUCAGCAGCAGCAGAUGCAUAAACAGGAACAGGGUACAAGUCAACAGCAAGCCUUGUUCCAACAAUCAGUAAAGGUAAGAAAGUCUCAGAAACGUGCUGACAAUCGGCCUUGGUUACAUCAGAAGGUCCAAGCAGAGGGUAAACCAAGUUCACCACAGCCCAAUGUUAUUGCCACUGCCGUGUCUAAAGCUUCAGAACCUACAGCAGACACAGUCCAGGCACAAGCGAAAGUGACUUGCAUCCAACAACAGAAGCCUGUCACGGUUACCACCAGUGAUGCAUCUCAGGCACAAGUUUCUGCAGCAGACGCAAACCAAUUUCAAGCCAAAAAGGUUACACAGACACAAGCCAAAAUGACUCAAGCCCAGCAACAACAGUCUGUACAGCAGGCCAAAGUGAUUCAAGCCCAGCAACAGAACCCUAUGACUGUUGUUUCCAGUGUUGCAUCUCAAGUCACUGAAGUACAGCAACAGCAAUCUGUCAUGCAAGUGACACAAACCAAAGUGGGUCAAGUCCAGCAACAGCAGCCUGUAACGCAAGCUAAAUUGGGUCAAGUCCACCAACAAUCCCCUGCCUCUGAAAUGCUAGUAAAAGAACCAAAAGUACCAGCUACGGUGCCUGUUAAAUCACAAAAACAAUCUCAGGCUACGACUAUCCAACAACAUCCACAACCGUUCACAGCCACCACAUUUAACCACCCACCAACAAAUCUAUCACAGAUGCAGUUACCAGGCAUGACUCAAAUGCAACGACCAGGCAUGACUCAGACCCAACCUCCAAUUAUGUCUGAAACUUACCAAUAUCUGCCAGCUAUGGGGAAAGAAAGUCAAACCUUAAUACAUCCCUCAACACCAAUUCAACCUCAAAUAAUAAUUCAAAGGCAGCCAAACCCAGUUGCAGCCCACUCUUUACCCCAGCAAGCAAUAUCUCCCAAUCAAUCUCAAGGUGUAACUGCAACGCCAGCCAAGACCAAAAGUACAGCUCCUAUCCAACCACGCAUAAUUACUAUGCCAAAGAACCAACCAGAAUUCUAUAAACCAUCUCAAUCCCCACCUCAAACAAUGGGCUUGGGUCAAACUUAUGGCAACGUUCAACUAAGACCGCAGCCCCACAUCCAGCAGCCUCAGUGGAGACCGAUCGUGCCUGACAUAAUGACACAGAGUUAUAACGAAGCCCCUCACCAGGGUUUCAUACCAUCCCACAUGCCACCCCAGAUGCAAAUUCAGAGCCAUACACAGUCACAAGGUGUCACACAAACUCAGCAAUGGGGGCCAUUAAGAGGAGGUCUGAUGACACAGACUUACCCCAAUGUCCAGGGUUUAGAUCGUGUGCAGCCAUAUACUCAGGCUCAAGGUUACUCCAUUUCUCAACCACAGUGUCAGCAGUGGGGCCAAUUCCAAUUUGAACCAACAGUGCAGCCUUAUUCACAAAUAAGCCAUCAAAGCCCAGUUCAGUCAUUUGUAUCACCACAGCACAGGCAACCUGUCAGACAGUCGAACAUGGUCAGCCAAAAUUACCCAAGGGUUCACAUGUCUGAAUACCCUCAAGUCACUCCGAGACCACAGAGCCCUCCUCAGGAAUGGGCUGUGCAACCAGGGCCACAAACCCAAUUUAAAUUUAUGAACAUGCUUCCUCAAUCAGUGGCUAAUACACCUUGGAUCCAACCACCAUCCCAAGCCCCAGUAAGACCUCAAGGUCCUGCUCCUCAAAGUCAACAGCAGCAGUGGCCACAAAACAGGCCUGAGGUUUCAUUUCAGUUUCAGAUUCAGAGCCAAAGUUUGCAGUCACAGCCUCAGCUCCAGGUUUUGCAAACGCCAAAGUCUCCAAAGCAGCAGCGAGCACAACAGCAGUCAGUUGUUCAGGUCAAAUCUCCAGCCUUGACUUAUGUAAGACCACAAGGUCCUGCUCCACAGCAGCCCGCAACUGACCAGCAGCAAUGGCCUCAAUACAAGGCUGACCCUCCGUUCCAAAUUCAGACCCAGAGCCAAACUUUUCAGUCACAAUCUCAGCUCCAAGUUUUACAAAAGCCACAGUCACCAGAACACGAGCAACCCCAACAGUACUCAGUUGCUCUGAUCAUACCUCCAGCCCAGGUAGAGGCUCCUCCACAGAUCUGUUCAGAGGCUUAUUCAAAAGCAGAGGAAUUGGCAAAGAACAAGCUUGAAAAUGCCAAGCGCCGCCUUAAAGAGCACGUUCUAGAGGCUUUCAACGUAUUCAAGGGCAAGAAGAUAACUCAGGAGAAGGAACCUCUCGAUCCUGAGCUUCUGAAGGAAUUUCUGAGGGCUGUACAAGAAAUGGAGGCUUUCUGCACCUCGUCUCAGCUCAGAGAAAUGGAGCUCUUUGCUCAGUCUGUCAGAACUCAGUGGGAGGCUUGCUUCUGUACUAAGAGCGGUCUAGUUCUGACCGAACAGCAGCUGGAGGCCCUGAAGCAGUUGUGUGAAAUAUUAAGUCCUGAAGAUGCCAACAAACUGGCACAGGCUCAGCUCCGGGAACACGAGUCGACACCCCCUGCCAUCCAGUGUCAGUCCAGAGGAGAUGACGACGUGAGGCCAACAGACUGUGGUGUGUUUGUAGAGCAGACAAAAGAGGCAUCUCUACAGAACACUGCCCUUCCAGAGAAGCCUGUGGAAAUCACUACUCAGACCUGCCCCGUCACAGCUCAACAGCCAAAAACAGUGGAGAAGAAAGAGAUACUAAAGCAGAUUAGCACAGAAGAGGACAGGUACAGAAGCUCCAGGUUCGCCCUGCAAGCUCAGCUGAAUAGGAACGAGCAGAACAUGCUGGGAGAUCGUCCCUCCGGGUCAGCCACAGCUACAGACCUACAAAAGAGACUCCGAGAGCUAAAGGCUUUGCAGGACGAGACAGAGACUUUAUGGUCAGAGUACGAUGUGCAGUGCUCCCAGUGUUCUCAGGUCAACGAGAGAGCGGUGGAGCAGGACCGAUCCGAGCUCACGGUCAAGUGGAGGGAGCAGAGAGUGCAGCUACAGAGGAGGGUCGAUUCUCUUGGUUCAGCGCUGGAACUCAUGGAUUCCAUCGAGCACCACGUUGCGGAAAUUUCCGAGCGUCUCGACAAGUUCAUCAAGGAACCCAAAGAUGUUAAAGGCUACAUGCUGAUUAACGCAAACAUCCUGAAAGAUGUUAAGGACUUGGAUGAGAGUAUACAGACGCAGAUGGACCGCCUCACUCGUUUUGACUCAGAACCGAGCCACCUGGACCUACGUGACCGCUCUCCCCUCACACAGCUGGUGCUGAAGCACCGAUCCAGCCUGGAUCGUCUCCGGCAGCAAGUACGCAAGAGUGAGGCGGCAGCUCGUGCCCUAGACCGCUUCCUUGUAUCGCUGCACACUUUGGAUCAGGAUGUCUUACACAUGCAUAGCGCCCCCUCUGCCGAUGUAACAGCACUGCAAGACAGCAGGACCAAGUUAGCUCUGGUCAGAAAAGGAGCAGCAAGCCUAAGUGAUAAAGCACCACAGCUGGACCAGCUCCUUGGAGGAGCCCAAAUGGUGGUGACACAAGAGGGAAACUCUGUGACCUGUCUGGACAUGGUGGCGGUCCUGGUGCAGAAAGUGGAGGACGUCGAUGACAAGCUCGUUAUCCGGCAGGAAGAACUUCAGCAAGAGCAGCAGAGCAAGGGACUCGGGAUGAGGAAGAGGACUCUGCUGGCAGAGGUGAGGAAGGUACAGGGGGCGGCAGAGAAGCAGGGGUUAAAGGAGCCCACCAUGCCGGCCGUACAGCACAGGAUUCGUGCUUUGUCAGAUCUGGAGGUGCAGAUGAACUCUCUCCGUCGGGAAUACGAGAGUAUCAGGGAAACAGCUUCGAAACUAUUUCCAAACACAGUGCAGCGUGAUGAGACGGAGACCGUUUGGGAGGAGACAGAGAGAGCCGUUGCUGAAAGGCAAGAACAGUGCAGCACCCUGAUGGACCUGUUGAAGAAGUUUCAGAGCUGUCGGUCUUUCCUGGGCAACAUCCUUCAGAGGGCGGAGCAAACCAUCAGCGAGCAGGCGUCGUACAUGAGUAAAGACAACCUCCAGCGCCUCAUAGCCAGGGUGUGUGGGAUAAAGGAGGACCUGAACGGCCUCGGACCAAAGAUCGAGGAGUUCAGGGCUGUGUGUAGGCAGCUGCAGUCUCAGCUAAAGAAACUCCCAGACUGCUCAGAAACUCCAUUUGAAGCCGAGGCAGAUGCUCUGGUAGACUCCUGGCUGGAUGUCUCAGAGAAGACAGACAGCUACCUAGACAGCCUGCGCAUGGGUUUGGAGGUGUGGGAGAAGCAGCUUAUUCUCGGUGAAGAGAUAGAGGUUUGGGCUACUGCUAAACUGAGUCUUUUUGUAGAGUCUCACCCAUUCAGCAGCGAGAAAGAGGUCUUCGAAAUGAAGGAUGAAAUUCAGACGCAGGAACGGAGCAUCGAACAGUUUCUCAGGAAGUCGCUGGAGAUCCAGGAGCUGCUGCAGAGCAAAGAAGCUCCCCUGGAGCUACAGGUCAUGGAGACUUCUCUGAGGAAGAAGACGGAGCAGGUCAAGGAGCUUUUCGACAGCCGUACCGACGUCUUCCAGGAGCUGCUGAGCGUACGAGAACGUCUCCUGCAGCGGACCGACGCUUGUCAGACAGCCAUUCAAAGAAUACACUCCUCAGUGAGGAUGCUCUGUGCCGACAGCAGAGAGCUGCUGCAACAGCAUCUACAGGAUCUUUCUGAUCAGCUGCUGGAUCAAGAAGAAGAGGCCGACUCUCUGACGAAGGAAGUCCAACUCAUGUCCAGCGUGACCGCGCCGCAGGCACUAGAGGAACUGUCCAAUAAAAGCAAGCGCCUCAAAGAUAACAUCGCAGUGACUCGGGAGUUCAUCGGUCAAAAGAAAGAACAGAGAGAGAAAAGUGCUCUUGUCCAGUCGAUUAAAGAUGAGUGCCAGAUGUUUGAGGACUGGCUACAGGACACGCAGCUUGCCGUCAACGAGUGUUUCGAGAACCCAGAGACGAGGGAGGAUGUGGAGGCGUCCAUGCAGAGACUACACGAUUUCCUGAUUUCCGAAGAAGGCGAUCAUCGACUUGCCCAGGUGAAGACGGCCUUGGAGAAGAGAGGUCAGGAAGAAAUUCCUGCUAAAGCCCAUGCUGAACUGUGUGCCUGGCAGCAGGAGCAGGAGGGAGAGCUGACCACACUGCAAGCUCACUGUCAGGGACGUCACAAACAGCUGGAGGACAUCCUGAUCAAGCUCAACAGCUUGCAGGAAGAACACGAACAUUUACAGGAUUGGCUGCGGCAGAGAGAGAAGCUACCGGUGCAAAGGGAAAAGUUCAGACAAGUUCAUGAGGAUUUUCUUAAGGAAAGCGGACGCAUCGAGGCGUUCGGCGACUUGUUAGCGUCCGUAAGAUUGAAGGGAUUAAGAGGAGACCCUGUGCUCAGAGACAGCGAGUCCCUGGUGGAUCGGUACCACAGUCUUGGAAUUCGUUUGGAGAACAGAUCUGAAAUCCAUAAAUCCUUGGAGAAGGAGAUAGAAACAUUCUAUAUUAAUGAGGAAAUCACCAGGACUUGGGUGAAAAACUUAAAACAGAGUCUGGAAUCAUUGGACAAAGACAAAGUUCGUCCAGCAGAGGAAAAGCUCCUGCAGGCUCAGGCUGUUUUAGAAUUACGUGUCGAGGGCGACUCCAAGAUGGCAGUUUUGAAGGUGGACGGUGAGAGCCUGCGUGCUCGUGAAGAAUUGGAGGAAAGCACGAGACAGGAACUAAUCGGAACGCUGAGAAAUAUAGACGACGAAUGGCAAAACGUUCUGGAUUCAGCGCAGCAGAUUGAAGCUCAGGCUAAGCUCCAACAAACUCUUCUAAAGGAACUACAAGAUCUCCAGGAUCAGGAGAAGGAUAUCCGAUCAUGGGUGGACGAACAAACGCGAAAGCUGGACUUCCUGAACGAAGAGACUCCAAUAAAUGAAAGGCACAACAGGCUGCAGGAGUUCCUGAGUCUGAAACACGAAGGCGACGCAAAAUUGGAAGCUUUAAGAAAAAAGGGACAGAGCAUAUGUGCUCAUGAGGAGAGGAAGAGACACAGCAUCGAACAAAGCCAAAGAGAGUUGGAGGAGGAGUGGACAAGGGUCCUGCAGACUGCACGGGAAAUAAAGAACCAGAUCGAGCGUGAAGGUUUUCUCUCCGAGGAACUGAAGAGCUUCGAAGAUCAGCUGGAAAGCACACAAGCUUGGAUCAGAGAGCUGAAAGCAACCCUGCAAUCCAAAGCUGCUCCAGCUGAGGAGAUAAUUAGCCAAGCUCAGACGCUUUUGGCCCACGGUCCAGAGGGUGACUCAAAACUUGCUGCCCUUAAGCAUACAGGUGAGCGUGUGUGUACUUGUGAAGGGCUCAAAGAAGACACCAGGGAUUCCAUACAACAGGCUCAGAGAGCCUUAGAACAAGAGUGGAGAGAAGUGCUUGAUUGUGCACAAAUCCUGAGGAACGACACGGAAAUCCAGGUCACUCUUGAUAAGGAGCUUCAGGAUUUUAAUUCCCAAGCAGAAAUCUUCCAAACUUGGGUCAUAGAUCUGCAGGAGCAGUUUGGAUCACCGGACAAAGGCGCUCCUCUCCAUGAGACGCUUGUUCUUCUGUCGCAGACCAUGGAGAACUUGCCAGAGGCAGACUCGAAGGUGGCUGCUUUGAACAGUAAAGGAGCGAAUCUGUGCGCAAAGCUAGACGAAAGCAGGAAGGAAUCCGUCCAGCGGACGCUUCGGGAUGUUCAGGACAAGCUGAGGACGUUAACGGAAAUUGCCAAAGAGCACAAAAAUCAGGUCGAGCGUCAGGAUUCACUCUCUAAGGAGCUGGAAACUUUUCGAUCUGAGGAAAAGACGACACAGUCCUGGGUCGAAGAGUUGAAGAAAGACUUGGUUUCGUUGGGCAAAAGCACUCAUGGCACCCAAGAGCAAAUAGAAGAAAGGCUGAACAAAGUUCAAGCUGUUCUGACCCUUCGACCUGAAGGAAACUGCAAGAUGUCCUCUCUGAAAAGAAAAGCGGAGAGUCUGUGUGGUCGGGGAGAUCUCGAUAAACAAACGAGACUCACCCUCGUGCAGAACCUGAAGUCCUUAGAAGAAGAAUGGAAAGAAGUUCUCCAGAACGCUCAAGAGUCGAACAGCCUUUUGAGGAGCGUGGUGGAGCGUCUGGUUUCAUGUCAGUGCCAAAGACAGCAGACCCAGUCUCGUGUGGAGCAGCUGAAGCAGCAGAUAGCAGCGCUGCCUCGCCUCUUCCCCUGGCCCGGAUUAGGGGACCGCAGACAUGCCCUGGAACAGGCUACGGCUCUUCUAGACAAGGUGAGAUCUCUGAGCACUACCCUGUCUGCUCUCAGAGCCCUGGGCCGAGAGAUGAGCCAGCUCACGAGGGACCCCAGCUGGACGGAUCCAUCUUGGACAGCCAUGGAAGACUGUGUCCCCGGGCUAAUCAAAGAUUUAUCGGAAUUGUCUGAGAGCUUAGAGGAGGGCAUUUGCACAGAACGAAACUGCGCUCAGCUGGUGGAACAGCACAGUGCCGCUCAGGACUGGCUGAGAGAGCAAGUCAAAGGUUUUGGAUCUCUGCCCACCGAUCGCCGUGGGUUACAGGGAUCUAUCAACACUUUAAAGGCUCUUCUUCAGACGGUGGAGAGGGAAGAGAGAGAAAUGAGAGAGCUAGACGUGGCUAAAGACGCCCUGAUCAACUUGUGCACUCCGGGGGGUCGCGACGCUCUGACCUUAGAAACCGGCCACCUCCGCGACCUUUGCUCCGCCUCUGAGAGGGAAAUAAACGAGAGCCUUAUUGUGUGCGAGACUAGAUUGGCUGACAUCGAGCUGAAGAUAGCCGAAAGAGCAGAGAGUUUUAGAGCACAGGCUGAGUGCGUUCUGAAUGAUCUAAGAGCAACGGAAUGUCUGGGAUUUGUAGAAGGAUGCAAGAAAAUUAGCCAAGUAGAGGAAAACUCAAAAAUCCUGAAGACCUGUGAAAAGGAGCUCGAGAAAAUAGAGUGCAAAGUCCGUGCUCUGGGCCAGGCUGUUUGCAUGGUUCCACCCGACGAGGCUCUUCCUUCGAAUGUAAAUUCUCUUGUAAACACAGUGACCCAGCAGUACUGCAGGCUGCAAUCCAAGCUGUCCGAACGAAAGGACGACUGCGCCGACGGCGUCGUGCGCUGUAUGAGAAAUACACUGCAGGCCCUGCGUUCCUGGACCCAGUCAACACAAACCCAGGCUUUUUCAGACUCCGCGUGCACCGUUCAGGCUAUGAUAGAGGAAGGUGCAGAGCUGCAUAAGAACCUGCAGGAGGCAGUGUCUCAUAAACAGCUGCUCAGAGACUGUCUAGGUCAAGAACUCGCCGACAAACUGGACAGAGACGUGUCGAACGCGUUAAAGGAAGCAGACGCACUCAUUAAUCAGCUUCAGGAGAGGCUCCAGGAUCUCGAGGAGGAAAGGAGGAAAAGUAAAGUUCUUACGAUGUCGCCGGAAACACAAACCGGUCAUUUGGUCUCAGAGGUUUCCAGUGAAUGGCCCGGAAAACCGGAUACUUCCGUAAAGGUCGAGCUUCAUUUUUCAAAGCCUCAAGAUAUUUCAUCUGCUCCAGCGGGCAGUUCUAACGUUUCAGCGGUUGAGCCUUUUGAAGAAGCACGUAGAGAUGUUGACGUGUCGACUAUCGAAGAAACCAAAGCAAAGUCAGAACAGCCACUGGGAACAUCAGCGGGAGAUGAGAAUCCAUCAGAGGCCGUGCUGACUAUGGCACUCAGACAAAAAUCAGGAGACAGUGAGGUUUCUAGGACAGUUACUAAAGAGUUAUUGUCUGAAUCUCCCACUGAAGAACAGCCACCGGUGUUUGCAGUAGACGAGUGCGGGGCCGAAUUCGGAAAAGAUGAUCCGCCGACCACAACGCUGGCUACAACCUCUAAACAAGAACGACUCACGGAUGUCGCUGGAUCUGAAAGUCUCUCUCAUCAAGCUGAUAUAAAUGUUUUAGAGUUUGAUACAGAGAGAAUAAACCCAUCUAAGAGGUUAGAGGAAAGAGAAUUUCAGCUCAACACUCCUGUCUCCACAGCCACAGACCGAGAUCUCGUUGAGGAGAUUUCAGACGACGUGGACUUUCCCACAGCAGACUGGUCGCUGACAGCGCUACGUAUCGACCGAAAUAAACUUCAAACCGGAACUUUCUCUACCACGGCUUUGGCUGCGCAGUCUGACAAAGUACAAGAGGUGGAUGUUUGUGCCAUCGAUCCAGGAACAAGUGAAGGAGAAAUUGAGAUGGAGAUGAAAUUAAGGAUGCAAGAAAUGGGAGAUGCUGAGACAUGCUUAGAAAGAAAGGUAGAGGAGGAAUCGAACGGACAUGACAGGCGUACAACAUGCGCUCAGAGUCUUGACCGAAAAUCUGAUGCGGUUGAGGAAGCAAAUAGGAACUGGUCAUUAACUUCUGAUACCUUUGUUCUUUUGCCUGAGGAAGGUAAAAUGGCAAAAAAGAAAAUAGCUGCACUGAUUCUUGAUACAGACUCGGUACAUGUUCAUACUACUGAGGUCCCUGGUAUGACUGACCCUAAUUCAGGGAAAAUUUAUUUAUCUUUACAAACUGGCUGUGAAAGCUCUUCGUCUCACCAAAUAGGAACGUCGGACACGUCAGACGAGGCGAGAAAUCGAUCUGACGUUCGUACGUCUCCGGGUCAACAAGAAAUGGAAAUUGCCGUGGAUGUUAUUGAUUCCACUAAUUCAAGUCAACCCUCUGAAGAAAACAUCGAUAGAACUGAGACUCGAAUCUCAAAUGCCACAAAUUCUGAGAGAGAAGGAACCCGGACAACAAACAGCGGUCCACGGGAGGUCCAGAGAUGGGUGGAGCCACUUGAACACUGGACUGUGAAUAAUGGUCCUCGAGAGACCCAACGAAGAUACAUGAUCCUGGAAAGAAAAGGGGGACUAGAAAUACGCCAAGAACCAACUGCUGAGACAGAUGUUCCAGCACUGGAACCUGGCACAAGUAAAACCGGUGAAGUAGUAACCGGUGUUUCUGAACUUGAACAAGUAGUUGGUAAAGAGUCGGCCGCGACCGAAGGCAGCGAGAGAGCAACGUGGAAUGCUGAGAAACAGUCGGAGACAUUAGAGAUCAUGGGGGCACCUGCUAGAAGGGAACUAGAUAGGUUACCCUGUAGCUGUGAGGACAAACUAGUGCAAGAUGUGGAGAAGGUAAUUGUGGAAUUUGAGAGCGCAAAAAGUACAACAGUGAAAGGUGAAACUGAACCAACCCCACCAGCCAGACGAUCUAAGCCAAUGGAUGUCGGUUCAGAAGUCCGUUGUGAAGAAGCACCUCUUCCUGUACCAACUAUUCACCAAAACAAACUCGAGGAAAUCCAGUUACCACCCGAAGGUAUUAUUCAUCCUCCACCAGACAGAACACAUAAGGAGAGGUUAGUAGGUGAAAGACCGUCACUGGUUCUCGAUUCUCCAACCCCACCAGAAAGAAGGCGUAAAGAGAGGGCAGAGCAUCAACAACCUGAACUAGAGAAGUCCAGUAAAACUGUAGUUGGUGAGGAGCCUCUUAUAAAACCAACUCCACCACUGAGGCAAAAAGUAAGUCAGAUUGAAAGUGAAGGAACAGAGGACUUAUUGGUGAAACCCACACCUCCAACGAGAAGAAGAGAUAGCGGAGUUGUGACUGACCUAGUGUCAGACAGCAGUGAUUUGGACAAAGCAAGGACAAAAGAGAGAGCUGUUGAGGAAUCGCUUGAAAAAACAACUCCAGCGGUGAGACGAAAAUCAAUCCAGGAUGAAAGUGAAUUCAUCACGCCGCUGGUCUCCAAGCCCAGAGGAACAGAGGACUUAUUGGUUAAACCAACACCUCCAACAAGAAGAAAAGAUAGCAGAUGUGUGAGAGAUACUGUGUCUAAAGAAAUAGCCAGUGAACAUUCACAGAGCACUGAAUUGGAGAAGGCAGUGAUGCAGGGUAUCGCUGUUGAGGAAAAACCAACCCCAACAGUAAGACGAAAAGGAAGUCUACUGAGCCAAAUCCAAGAAAUGGAGGAUACGUCAGUAAAGCCAACACCUCCUGCAAGAAGGAGAGCUAGUAGAAACUUCAGUGACGAGACGUAUGAAGAAAUGGCCCGGAAAAUUUCUAUAAGCACCGAUUUGGAGAAGACACUGACACAAGAGAACACUCUCGAGGAGUCACUUAUUAAACCGACUCCGCCGGCGAGACGGAAAGUUUCGAGUCAAAUUGAAAGCGACACUUUUUCAGUGCUCUCCAAAAUCCACGAACUGGGGGAGAUGGUAGUGAAACCCACACCUCCAACCAGAAGGAGGGAUAGCAGAAAUAUAAGUGACAUAGUGACCGUCAAAAGUUCCAGCAGCACCGAUUUGGAAAAGAUGGUGACUCAGGAUAAAGCCUUUGCACAGCCUCUUCUAAAACCAACUCCACCAAUGAGACGGAAAUCCCAAGAAACAGAGGCUACGUUAUCGAAACCCACACCACCAGUAAGAAGGAGAAAUAGUGGGAAUAUAACUGAUCCACCAGCCAGUAGAAUUUAUGGCAGCUGUGAUUUAGAGGGUUCAAUUUUGGUGACACCUGAAAGAGCCGUUAGUGAAGCUCUCGUCAAACCAACUCCACCGUUUAGACGAAAAACUUUGAGUCGAACCGAAAGCGACGUUUCUAUCGUUGAGAGAACCAAAGAAAUGGAGGAGACUUUAGUGAAACCCACACCUCCAACAAGAAGGAGAGAGAGCAGAAAUGUGAGUGACGAAGUAGCCGUGGAUCUGCAGAACUCGGUAACACAAGAGAAAAAUCUAAAAGGCUCUAUAAUUAAACCAGCUCCGACAAUGAGCCGAAAAACGACUCCAGCUGAAAGCGAUCCUUCCGUAGUUUCGAAAACCCAAGAAGUGGAGGUGACUUUGUUAAAACCCACACCUCCAACAAGAAGAAUGGAGCGCACAAAUACGAGUGAUACAGUAGCUGGCACCAUUUCUAGCAGCUACGAUUCGGAGAAUGUUAGUGAAGUGCGAGACAUUAAACCAAUGCCAUCAUUGAGCAAAGCAAUUGACGAUGAAAGUGAUAUAAUUACAGUGGUUUUCAAGCCCCAAGAAAUAGAUAAGAAACUGGAGGAACCGACUCCACCAACAAGAAGGAGAGAGAGCAAAAAUUUGAGUGACCUAGUGGCCAGUGAAAUUUCUGUCAGCGGAGAUUUGGAGAACUUCGGGACACAAGACAGAGCUGCAGAAGAGGCUCUUGUAAGACCGUCUCCACCAGAGGACACGCCGGUGAAACCCAUACUUCUGACACACGGGAAAGAUAGCAGGACAAUGGAUGAAAUAGUACCUAAUCAAGCAGAGGGUGAUUUUUCAAGUAUGGUUAAUUUGGGCAAGACUGAUGUGGAGGUUAUGGAAAUACAGACUCCUCCAGUGUUACAAGCUGAAAGUGACCUUUCCAUCAUUGCUAAAACCCGAGAAAUGGAGGAAAAACUGGAAAAAGCCAUAACUCCUACAAGAAGGAGAGAUAGCAGAACUGUGGAUGAAACUGUACCUGCACAAAUGGAGAGUGAAAUUCGCAUCAAUGUUUUGGAAAAGACUUUCAGACCAGAGAGCGCCGAUGAGGUGGAUCUUUUAGUCGUACAAGACGCGAGCCAGGCUGAAAGUGACGUUACUGUUAUUGAUAAAACCCAAAAAGCCGUGGAGACUCUGGAAAGACCCAUAAGUCCAACUAGAAGGAUAGAGAGCAGAACCGUGGACGAAAAUGUAAAUAUACAAACGGAGAGUGAAAUUUCCAGCAGCGUUGAUUUGGAUAACACUGUGAGACCAGCGAGUGCCGUCGAGGAGGAUCUUGUUAAACAGACUCCGCUAGCGGAGCAAGUAGGAAUUCAAGCGGAAUGUGACAAGUCCAUCGUUGAAAACGGACAAAAAAUGGAGGAGAAACUAGAAGAAUCCACAAGUCUAACAAGUAGGGGACAUGGUAGAAAUGUGGAUGAAACCACACCUAAACAAAUGGACAGUAGCAGCACUGAUGUGGAUGAGAUUGUGAGACAAGAGAGUGCCGAAGAGGAGGAUCUUGAAAAAAUUACUCCACCACUGCAACAAGCAGCAAGUGAAGGCGAAAGCAACAUUUCUUCAGUGGUUCCGAAACCCCACGUGCCAGAGGAGACGCCGAUGAAGCCCACACCUCCUUCUCAAUCCGAGCUACAGGAUGGUACGAUCGAACCAGCUCUAAGAGAAGAGAAUAACAAAGUAGAGCAGGAAAAUAUUAAAGUAUCAUCUAUUAGCACAGAACCUGAAGAACCUCCACCUUCACCAAUCACACCAAUAGGCCAAGAGAAGGAAACAGUCGAUCUCGAUACAAUUCCAGCUAACGUAGAAGAACCAUCCAUCCAACCAGUCCAGAAAACAGGAGACCUAGAAAAAAGUGUCGAGGUUCAACCACUGAUUAAACAAGAAGAUGAGCAGAAGGAGAAGGAGUUCUGCAAUGCUCUGGGCGUGGAACGUACAAAGGGCUUGACUGAGAUUGAAAGCAUCAGUUUGGUUGAGGCACAAAUAAAAGUUGCGGACAAAUCAGAAAUCACGGAUCAGGAAUCCUCAGUUGCAAAAGGUAUCGAUGUGCCAGAAGCAUUCGAACGAGAACAAGAAGACGACGACGAAGAAGAAGAAGAAGAAGAACCGCUUGGUGCUACAAUGAAUAAUAUUUUCACUGAGAUUGAAAAGAUGUCUAAGACGAGACCAAAUAGCCUGCUGAUCGAGAGCAGGCCUUAUGACGAUCCGAUGGGCCUUCUCAGUACCUCUGAGGCUGACCUCGAAGCUCAGAUGACCAGGUUGGUGUUUUGCAUACUGAGUUGUCGUAACAGCCCUGCGGUGCUCAACCCUACAGAUAUGGCCAAACAAGUAGAAGAGGCUGAGCUUUGCAGACAGAGAGCUCAGCAGCAAGUUUCCUCAAUCUCAAAGCAAGCUCACAUUAACGGCGAGGUCAGCACUCUUGUCACCAGAUCAGCUAACGACCCCGAGGCUAUGCAGCGACUGAGUUGCCAGUGGACAGAGGCAUUGUGGGACGCGUCUGGCACCGUGCACACUAAGGAGGCCCAGUUGCAGCUGGUGAUUGACUACGACAGACAAUUGCAGAAAGCCAGAGCUACUCUCGAGAAAAUGGUGGGUGAACUGGAGUCCUUGAAAAUGUGUCCAGUCGAAAGCAGCUUUGUUGAGGAGCAGAGACUGCGCUCGUUCCUUAGGACCAUGGAACAGGAGAGGACGGUUCUCGGAGAGGUGAUCCAGACGCAUUCCCAGCUAUCACCACACCUCAGCCAGCCCGAUAGAGCAGCAGCGCUCUCGCAACAGAGCGUCUUGCAGAGCGAAUGGAAGGCACUCGAGAGAUCUGCUGAGAAAAGCUUGCAUAAUGUCAGCACGUACACCAAAGAGAGUUUUGACCUUCUGGAGGACAUCGGUACGUUGAAAGAACAUUUGGAGAACUUUCAUAAGAUCUUGGAAUCACAUUGGAUUUCAUCUUCUGCUUGGGAUAGCAAGAGAGUGCAAGAAAUGAUCGGACUCGGUGCUGAGCUCACGGCUGCCAAACAAAGAUAUUUUGACGUCCAUGAAAACUUUGAAGCUCUCUCGCAAAGUUGUAAUUUCCAGACUGAGGUGUAUAACAUACAGCAAGGUUUAUGGAGUGUCAAAGAUCACAUGGAUCUGAUUGGUGAGGAGUUGGAUUUUUCAUUGCCGACCAGCAACAACCCAAGCAUGGUCAAAAUUGUCAAAGUGAUAACAGAAGCCCUAGCUUGGGCCAAGAAGACACAGUAUGACAUUAAGAACAGAGAAAGGAAGGUUUCUCUGCUUCCGGAAGAAGUCCAUCGGCAAAUAAAGGACUUGAAGAAGCUGAAUUCGGAUAUGACGUCUAAGCAGAUACAGUUAUCCACUCUGACCAAGGAGGUAACCGAGAUGAUCCCAGAUCUUGACCAACCAGAUGUUCCUUUGGUCACUUCGCUUUUGGAGUUAUUGGCAAGUUUGUCCAAAUCUACAGAAGAAAGAAUAGCUGCUGCAAUGGAAGAAAUACAGUUAAGUCUUCAGACUCGGGAAAAGAUUUCAGAGCAGAUAACCGAAGUAGAUUCCUGGAUUCAGUCCCACCUCCAUAAGGAAUCUCUGAGUAGAGAGGAUUUCCAAAGCUUGAGCGCAGCAGAUCUCGAUCAAAGGUUACGUCAGAGUCAGGAUACGCUCCAAGAGGCGGAAAAACACUCCGGGAUCGCAGAGGCUUUGCAGAUGAAGAGUAAAGACAUUACCUCUGAGCUUAGCAUUUCUGAGAAUGCAUGGCUGUAUGAAAAACUUAGCAAGCUCCAAGAAGAUAUAAAGGGCGUUAUCAAUUAUGAGAAAUCCUCCAUCCUGGAGAUAAAAGAUAUAUUACAAAACCGGGAGUUAUCCGAACAGAAAAUGUCUUCGUUAGAGCAGAAACUAAGAGAGAUAACAACAGACGUGAAAGGACACACAUUUCCCAUUACUAAGGAGACUCUGGAUGCUAUCGAGCCGAUCAAGCGCGUACUUGUGGAACACAAGUUUCAGGUUGAACAAAUAAACACCUCCGCAGAAGGCAAGAGGAGAGAGCUACUGGGUGUAAUCUCUGAGCUCCAUCAUAAAAUGAACACUUUUCGUAUUAAAUCUCAAGUCCACGAGCGGUUCUUCAGCCUCAAGCAGCGUGUGGAGGAUCUUCGAGAAAAUCUCGAGCUUUACGUCCCAAAGACGAAAGAUGAAAGCGUCGGCGAAGAGGAACGCUAUAAGAUCUGCCAGUCUCUUCUUACCCAGAUUCCGCUAAUCAAGCUUACGCACAAGGAGGCAUCAGACGAACUUCUGAACGUCUCACCAGACCUCCAUCCGUCCCAGCUAACGACCGAACAAGAGAGGCUCAAACAAAACCUUGAGACUUUUAACGCUUGGGAGACGGCCGUUCAAAAUAACCUUCAGAUUGUGGAAUUGGACGUUCUAAAAGAUAUAAAUUAUCUCUCAGAGCAAAGGGUGGUACACGGUUUCCUCAAAGAGGCUUCUCGGGUGCUGGAUAAGACCUGCGAGGUGGAGUUUAACCAGGGAGCUGUCGAUGACGAGCUCAGAAAGCUUCUCAAACUUCAGAAGAACGUCGAAGCUAGAAUGCGGGUUCUGGAGGUUUUGGAACUCAAAAACGGACACCAGCAGGGGUCUCGUCAUUCAAAAAGCAUUGCGGAAUUGGCCAAAAGUGUCCUUGACCAAUGUGACCAAAGACUGAUGGACCUGUCCAAAGCCAAGGAAUCACUGAAAAGAUAUUCCAGAGGAGUCAGAAGUGCCGGUCAGUUCCUCCAGAGGACAGAAUCUGUUCUACUUCUGUCUCUCUGCUCACCAAGGAGCUGCUCUGAAAGGCUAAAAGACAUUCAGCAAGCCCUGUUGUCUUUAGACAACGAAUUCCAAUCCCAUCUCACUGAAAUUCAGAGUUUCUCUCCCUUCAGUCCAUUGUUUUCAGAGCAGAAGGUCAAACAAUUACAAGUCGAGAUUCUAGGGUGCCUCUUGGUUCGAACGUCCACACUUAAGGCCCAGGCCCAGCUGAGACGGGACACGUUAGAGAGGUGCGUUAACAGCCAGAGAAACACCCGUGUGUUAUACGAAGAGCUGUGCCGACGCGUCCGCGAUGCAGAAACAACCCUAGCAGAUUGCGCCUGUAAAAAAAUCACAUCUCAGACGGACUACCUCGACCAGAAAGAGACGCUCAAAACACUAGUUAAAGACGUCGACGCUCUGUCCGGAAAACUGGACGAGCUGAAAGAAUGGUGUCCGGUGCAGGGUUGCCGCAGCAACAGGGACGACGCCGUAAACUCCCUCUGGGGCCAGGUGGCCAGACUACGUCAGUGCACCAGAGAUCUGCUCGCACACUCGGAGUGGAGGGGAGAGGAAUGGAUACGCAUCAGAAAGAGUAUAGAGAAAGCGUCGUCUGUCCUAGAGCAGAUAGAGGCCGAUUUCCCACAGAGCAGCAGAGAGAAAGCUACUGCCGAGGAGCUUUCGGAGCUGCUGCGGUUUUGGUCCCCGUACCAGGACAGACUGGACUGCGAGCAUCGAGCUCUGUCUGCACUGGAACUGCGUGUCGUCAGGCUACUGAGAACGGAAGGAGCCGAACCCGUUCCCCUUUGUCAGGACCUCCAAACCAUGCAAGAGCGCUAUCACAGUCUAAAGUCACGGAGCGAUCGGGGUCGUAAGGCGACGCAGGCGGAGACGGAGGAGAGGACGAAGGUGCGCGAGGAGCUGCUGGGGAUCCAGGAAUGGCUUGUAUCUGCAGGGACUGUACUGUCAGAGCUGGAGCGAGAGCCCAAAGCCGAACGACUGCAGGAGCUUUACUCUGAGCUGUGUACCCAGAAAGCUGUGCUGCAGCACAUCAUGGAGGGCCUUAGGAUGAAAUAUACAGAUAUGUAUACUCUGGUUCCCAUGGAGAUAGACGGCCCUCUACAGGAAGUGUCUCAGUCACUGGAGGAAGUGGGAAAGCAGGUGGAGGCGGCCGUGCAGAAGAGCGGCCCGUUACACAGACUAGACGCUAAACUCUCAGAGAUUAACACAUGCCUGGAUGCCGUACACAGCAGGCUGAAGAAAAAGUGUCCGGACGUCGCUGAAGCCGAGAGCGUGCAGAAGCGCGUGUCGGACGAGUUGGACAGCUUACACUCGUGUCUGUCUGCGGUCGAGGUGGAGCUCCAGGACCUCAGAGAGGAGGAAGCGAAGGAGACACCGGCCCUCGUGGAGAAACUGUCUCAGGCCCAGCAGCUCCACACACGGCUUUCCAAACAAGCCGAAGACAGAACAGCCUUCCUCAAAAAGAUACAUGGUUGGCUGCAGGAACAUGAGGAGAUGGUGAAAGCAUCACAGAGCUGGAUUACUGAGUCUCAGUCUUGGUUGACUGCACCGUACACCUACACUACUGCAAAAUGUCUGGACAGCCACGUUAACGCUCUUCAGAUGGUUCUCGAUGACUCGGCGCAGAUCCGCCGGACGUUACAGGGGUUCGAGAGUGUGUUGAUGGAGAUGGCAAGUGUGUGUGACGUGAGCGGGCUUCAGCAGGAGCUUCACGAAGCAGACCGGUGUGUAGCAGACAUGCAGAACAGCCUGCUGGAGCCUCUGAAAACAUUAGAGCAUGCUGCAGCUGAGGUGGACGCCAUGGAGUCCGAGCUGAGGAUCAUGGAGAAGGACGCGAUCGAGCUGAAAUUAGCGCUGACCUCAAAGCAAGGCAUCAGUCAGGACAAAUUCAGGGCUGCUGUAAACAGGAUCGAGCUGAUGAAGAGAACAGCAGAGGAACUGAAGAGCUGCAAGACCGCACUGCGUUUACCAGAAGGAGCAGAAAACACACUCACGGUCUUCAGGAGUGUCGACUUACUGCUGAAUAAACUAUUGGAGAUAGAGCAGCUGGCGCUGGAGCACACUGUUGUGGUCUCAGGUCCAUGUGAGAUGUCCACCACACUCCGUGUUCCCCCCACCAUCGCAGAAGAAGAACCUCAGGGCAGUGUUUUAGAGCAGGGGCAGGUAGACAUCGUCCGCAUGACGGAGGACGUGUUGACACGAUCCGGAGCCGUACUGUUGACCGUAAAGGAAAUGACACUUGAUCCGAGACUUGAAUCAUCAGCUGAGACACAGCAGCUAGGGCACGAGGAGGAGGAGGAGGAGGAGGAGGAGGAAGACGAAUUAUUUGUGGACGUAAGAGAAGACGUCGAUGAUGAUGAUGAUGAUCGCUAUGAAGAUGCAAGAGAAGAACAUGCAGGGAUGAGAGGAUCUCACGCCUCAGCCCGCGUGAGGGUGCCGAGUUGUAACGCGGAGGACACAGAGAGCGGAGGAGAGACCCAGCAGAGACCUGACUCAUCAGAGCACGAUACACAAGAAUCAGACCCAGAGGCAGGUGAAGGCGAGCAUGUGGCCUCAGAGCAAAGCGAACCUGAAGCUGUGUCCGAACCGUCGGUCGCCGCGAGGACGCCGUCUCCUCCCCCCGGAGAGCUGGAGCGUGAUGCGUGGAAGGGGAUGCAAAUCGAGUCAGAGAGGCUGAAGACACACACCAGCAGCACAUCAUCAGUGUUUAGAGAGGUCACACACACUUACGUAGAAACCACAGACUCUCAGGAAACCGUAAUCAAACUCCAGGUCAGGAACAAUUCAUCCGAGGAGGAGGCGUUAAGGCGAGAGGAGUUAACGUCUCCGCUCUCAGGCUCCAAAGAUACACACAGUGUUAUUGAGUCAGAUCAGGGGCCACACACACCGUCAGUAGAGCCGACAUUGUCACGGCAACACGAGAGGACGGCGGACAGCCUGGCUGUAGGUGAAACCUGGUACUUUGGUGAAACUCCUUCCCGGGUCGGAUCGCUCCGUUCCUGCCAUGAGCGAGCCGCUCAGAUGGAGCUCUGGCUGGAAAAGGCCCAGCUGAGUCUGUACAGCGAUGUACAGCAGAGUGUCGAGGAACACCUGCACACCUGCCAGGAGAUGUUUAUGGAGAUUGAGCAGAAAGUGGCCAGUGUUUCUGCACCAAGUCAUGAUGAAGAGGAGCAGAAAGCACUCAGCGCCAAACUGCAGCUCCUGAAGAACAAGCUGGUGACAUUUCAGCUCCUGCUGCAGGAGAGACACAGCGAGGAGAAGGUAUGUGCUGAGAAACAGCGCCCCCUGCAGCCUCGGCUAAAGCGCAGCACCAGUGUGCAGGAGGUGCUGAGCACAAGGAGGGCCAAACUCUUCAGACAGGGCAGCUUGCAACAGCAGAGGGAGUUAGAGCAGGGUCUGAUUGAACAAAGAGAUCUCAUGAAGGUCAUUGCUGUACUGGGAAACAGAGUCAGACUGCAAAAUCAAACUGCAGAGGAACAAGCGAGGCUCCUUGUUCCUGCAACAGAGUUAGAGGAGCAGAGACAGGAAGGGGCGGACUCAGUGCACAGGAAAUGGACUCACCUCCAGAGGAGACUCAGCCAGAGAGGAGAAGACCAGCAGGAAGAGGAGAUAUCUCCUCCCCCUGUAUGUGUAUGGAGCAGUGCUGAUGGUGCUGUGUGUCUACAGGAGCUCCAGUCCCACAUCACACACCUGCGAGAGCUGCGACACACAGCGACUUCAGCACCUGACAAGCAGGAGGUAGAUGAGGGUUUGUUUGAGGUCCUGAGUGGAAUCGCACUCUCUCUAUCCUUUCUCUCUCACACACUCAUCUCUCAGAGAGGAGCCACAGAAAUUGACACACACACUCAACUGCUGCAGCUACAGAGUUUCUCCGAAGCGCUCAGCUCUUUGAGUGCUGAGAUUUCCUCUCAGUGGUCAGAGGUCAUCAGGUUGUUAGGCUCCAUGGCUCCUGCAGUCAGCGUGUGUGCGGAAUUGUUACAGGAUCGUGUGCGUGAGCUCCAGAACAACGUGUCAGAGAAACAGAAGCAGCUACAGAACCAGUCGGAUCAGACUCUGCAGAAGAAGAGCAGGAGUAAACACAUGCAUGCUGCCUUGCUUGCUAACACCUCCACCUUAAAAACCCUGACUAAUGAUGUAUCACGCUGUGAUCCUCACGCACAGCUACAGGCUGUUGCCGGGCUACAACAGGAGCUUCUGCAGCGAGAGAGAGAGCUGGCCGAGCUGAGAGAGGGGACAGAGAGACAGGGACGUGUGACUGGGUUAACGCUGGACGUCACUACGCUAGAGAGUGUGUUGGACAGUGUGUACAGCGGUGUGUGUCAGCAUGCUGUAGAUCUGCAGUGCAGUGUGGAGCAGCAGCAGCAGUGUGAGUGUGUACUGAAAGGCCUGAAGGACCUCUUGGAGCUCGGCAUACAGAGACUCUCGUACACCUCACAACUGGAGCCACACACCAAGGAACAGCUACACAAACUACUCAGCACACACAAGAAGUUCUUCCUGUCUUUGGAGAACCACAUGCAAGCUCUGCAUCAUCUGACCUCCCGGAUGCCCGCUGACGUCCGCUAUAAGUGGGGCACCGAGGUGGCAGAGGUGGAGGAUCAGGUGAAUGAGCUUCAGCGUCAGGCUCAGAAGACUGGAGCUGCUUUGGAGUUGACACUGCAGGUUUGGACUCAGUGGGACGAGAGUCAGACCUGGUUGGAGGAGCUGCUCCAAGGGCUGGAGCAUCGUCUACAUGGCAUGAAGUCGGAGGAACAAACCGAAGAGGCGCUACAGAGGAGUGUAUCGACUUAUCAAACGUUGCAGGUGACUCUGGAAGCGAAUGGUGCACAGGUUGGUCUGGGUUUAGAUCACGCCAGCAGACUGAGGAAAGUGUCCAGUCAGUCAGCGGCCGGUCUGGCGUGCAGAGUCUCCCUGGCUGAUCUGAGGCUCAAACAGCGUUUAGCUGCUCUGCAAAGGAAAAUGGAAAAGGGACGAGUCUCCACACACCACCUGAUAAAACUCUGGAAGAGGUAUCGUCGGGACUCCACAGCCAUGACCGUGUGGAUGAACAAAGCCAGAGAAUGUCUGAACACCUGGAAAGGUCACAUGACCUCGUCUAGACAAGCCAUGUCUAACUUCACUGAGUUUAUAGAGCUUUGCAAAGAGCUGGAGGUCAAAUCAUCACUGAAGGCUUCAGUCAUCAGCGCCGGCACUGAGAUCCUGCAGAUCAACGAGAGCGAACACGCGAACACACACUUGCAAUCAUCGCCGAAGUCCAUCACCGAAGAUAAGGAGGAAGAAGCUCUCGCUCGUAAGAUCACGCACUCGGAAGACGGUCACAGAGAAGAUGCUAAUCUCCAGGAUGAGACACCAUUUCAAUCUAGCAGCUCCUCUGAUGUUCCUCUGGGUGGAAACGCUUCCACUGAGAUGUCAGAAGAUGCCACGACCAGCAGCAGCACCGGUGCGGUCCAGAUGAUGGAGCUGUCUCCACACCUGCUCUCUUUAAAAGAUCACCUGACUGAGGUGGAGAAUAGUUGGGUGGAGCUGCAUGCUGAAUUCACUGCAGUCCAACAUAAGCUACAUCAGCAUGUGGUGGAGAGUGUGUGUCCUCAGUCCCUGCUCUCAGAGGUGUGUAAAUGGAUCAGUGGAGCUGAAGGACACUUGCAGGAUGCAGAGAAAAACGUUCAGUCACCAAAAACAGCAGCGCAGCUCAAACGGCAACUCAACACAUUCAAGGAGCUGAAACGAGCACAGGUGUGUGUGCAGAUGUCCGUGGACUUCCUUAACCAGAUGCUGCUGAAACACACUGAGCCAAACCUCAGAUACAAACACACAGCCUUGGCCGAACAGCUCGGGGAGGUGAACCUGCGCUGGACCACACUGCAAACACACAUCUACACACAGAUGCAGUAUAUUGAACAGCAGCUAAGCGUUUGUGCAGCCCGAGACGGCAAACUGCACCUCCUGCAUGCCUGGGUCAAAGGUCACGAGGCAUGCAUGCGACUGGCCGAGAGACCUGUCAGUCACACUGCAGCAGAACAGCACCUGAAAAAGUGCCAGGAAUUGGAGGAGGAGCUAAAGGCUAAGUCUGCGAAUCUGGACAAGUUGAAGAAGAGUUGUCUGAGCGACGGUGAAGAACACACGGAGGAAGGCUUCAUCGGUCACUUUAACACCAUCUCACAGGCAUUAACUGCUUUAAACGAACAGAACUGCUCUCUGAAACAAUCUCAGCAGCACACAUGUGAGGCCUGGUCUGCGUUCGAAUGUGGGCGGAGUCACGUCGCCCAGAGCACCCUGAGAAUACGUCAGUCUCUUGAACAUUGCCGUAGCCCUCGCACCUCCUUCACUGCACUCCAGAACAACCUCCAUAAACUACAGGCAUUGCAAUCCGAAGCUGGGGAAACUGACAAAAAGUGGGAGGAGCUAAACAACACAUUCUCCUGUCUUACUGGUUGGAUUCAUUCAAGCACCUCACACAUAUUGUCUGAGGAGUUGGAGACGGAGAGAUCACGGUGGUCUGAGGUCAAACAUGAUCUUACACACACCUCUUCGAGCUCACAAACUCUGCUGCAGGCGUGGAAACGGUACUCGGAUUUGUCGACCUCCUACUCAGAGAAGCUACAGCAGCAGAAGGUGCGACUCUGUGACAUCUCGGAGACAAAAGCAUCAAAGCAGGACGACGACACCGAAACGCUCGCAACCUGCAUACAGCGUUUACACGACGUCCUGGAGAACACACGCAGUCUCCAGACGGACUUGGACCGAGCGCUCGACGCCUCAAGAGAGCUGACCGGACACAUGGAGCCGACGGCAGCUGCCUUCGUCCGUUCAGAGUGUCAGAUGCUGACACGUGGGCUUCAUCAGUUCGAACAGGCUGUGAAGAGAAAGUUGGGAGAGAUGCAGGAGGACUCCAGGCAGCUUCAGGAGAUUGAGCAGCUACUGGAAUCUCUAGAGACGCACUUAAAGGAGUGGACGAGCCGCCAGAGACACACAGAUGCUCAAGACAUAUCAAAGUACGAUCUGUCUGAGUUGAGCAGUCGCUCGGCAGACGUGGAGAUGCUGCAUGAGCUCAGUUACAGACUGAUCCUGAGUGACUCCAUGACCCGGAGAAUACAGAACCUGAGCAGGACUUGGGCUCAGGAGUCUGCACAGGCUCAGGAGAAGUGCAGUGAGCUGCAAGUCGUGUCUCUACGGCAGCAGGUGUUUGAGGAGAGGUGUGAGACGUGGAUGUCGUUCCUGCAGAGGAUGGAGGACAGUCUAGCAGGAGAGAUUGCAUCCACUUACCCUGGUCUCAGAGAGCAGCUUCGCACACACCAGAGGUUCCAGGCCGAGCUGUCUCUAGGCCAUCAGAUUCUACACUCUGUAAUCACAGAGGCUCUGCACCUGCUACAGAAGGGAGAGGUGGAGGACAGGAGUGAUUUCCUGUUGAAGCUAGCUCAGCUCAGAGAGCACUGGCAGGGUGCUGUACAGAGAGCGACUCAGCGGCGCACCCUGGUGGACGGGCUGAUACGCCACUGGCACCUUUACACACAUACACUGCGCAAACUUAACAAGCUGCUCACACUCGCGCACACACUCCUGCCUCCUGCUGGCCUCACACACUGUAGCGUGACACAGCUCCGCCACUUGCUCAAACAGAUCGAGCGUACUGAGCUUCUCUUCCAAAGGUCCCUGUCAUCAUACCUCCUUCUCUUGGAUGUGGGUCGUCAGCUCUUCUCCAUGAGCGACGAGGAAACACAGACAAGAUUACAGACAGAUCUCGCUGCCCUGCAGGAGGGCUGGGAGCGCUCCCAGUGCAUGCUGGGAAAGAGGAAGACUCUCAUUGCAGACAUGAUCAAGACAUGGGAGAGCUGUACGAGCCGGCUAGACGAUCUGGCGCAGCGUCUGGAAGAGCUUAAAGUCAGACUGCCAAACCAGUCGAUCCAGGAGGUGGACGAGAAGCUAAUUAAGGAGCUGCAGGACUCCCUGGAGGACUGGGCCGUGAGUCUGUGUGAAGUGAGCAGCAUGAAGACGGAUGUGUCUCAGUACAUCAUCGCUGAGGACGUGCUGAUGCUGCAGGAGCAAGAGGAGCAUCUGCGUUUCCAGUGGGAGGAACUGUGUCUUAAGGUGUCGCUGCGUAAACAGGAGAUUGCUGUUCGGUUAAAUGCGUGGAUCAUCUUCAAUGAGAAGAACAGGGAGCUCUGUGAGUGGCUCACACAGAUGGAAAGCAAGACGACGCACAGCACCGAGCUCAGCAUCGAGGAGAUGGUGGAGAAGCUGAAGAAGGACUGCAUGGAGGAGAUCAACCUGUUCAGUGAGAACAAGACUCACCUGAAGCAGCUGGGAGAGCAGCUCAUCACCGCCACCAACAAGACCAAGGAGAGCGAGAUCAAUGACAAGAUCAAGGGCAUCAGCGAGCGCUGGCAGCACCUGUUCAACCACAUCGAAGCCAGGGUGAGGAAGCUGAAGGAGACACUGGUGAUGGUGCAGCAGCUGGAUAAGAACAUGAGCAACCUGCGCACGUGGCUCUCACAUAUCGAGGGAGAGCUCACCAAACCCAUCGUGUUCAGUGUGUGUCACGGCGAUGAAAUCCAGUGCAAACUCACUGAACAACAGGAGCUGCAGAAGGACAUCGAGCAGCACACAGAGGGCGUGGCGUCGGUGCUCACUCUGUGUGACAUGUUACUCCACGACGCUGACGCCUGCAGCGGCGACGUCGAGAACGACUCCAUCCAGCAGACCACACACAGCCUAGAACGCCGCUGGAGGAACAUCUGCGCGAUGUCCAUGGAGAGGAGAAUGAGGAUCGAGGAGACAUGGCGUCUCUGGUGUAAAUUUCUGGAUGAUUACUCGCGUUUCGAGGACUGGUUGAGCACGUCAGAGCGCACAGCGGCAAACCCAGCCAGCACAGACGUUCUUUACACGUGCGCCAAGGAGGAGCUCAAAAAGUUUGAGGUGUUCCAGCGUCAGGUCCACGAGAGGCUGACACAGCUGGAGCUGGUGAAUAAACAGUACCGCCGCCUGGCCCGCGAGAACCGCACAGACGCAGCCUGCAAACUGAAGACGAUGGUGAACGAAGGGAACCGGCGCUGGGAUGAGCUGCACAGGAGAAUCAGCGCCAUCAUCCGCAGACUCAAGCACUUUACAUCUCAGAGGGAGGAGUUUGAGGGAACGAGAGAUGCUGUUCUGGUGUGGCUCACUGAGAUGGACCUGCAGCUCACUAACGUCGAGCACUUCUCCGAAAGCGACGUCCACGACAAGAUGAGACAACUUAAAGCGUUCCAGCAGGAGAUAACGCUGAACACAAAUAAGAUCGAUUCUCUGAUCGUGUUUGGAGAGAAACUGAUCCAGAAGAGCUCCCCGCUGGACGCCGUGCUGAUUGAGGACGAGCUGGAGGAGCUGCACUCUUACUGCCAGGAGGUGUUCAGCAGAGUCGCGCGUUUCCACCACCGCCUCGUCAACACGCGACCGGUCGUAGACGACGAGUGCGAUUUCUCUGACAGAGACCCGGAUAUGGACAUGGAGGAGCUGUCCUGUGUAUGGGAGAGAGACGUCGACAUGGUGACAGCGGUGUCGGUCCGGCCCUCGUCGGGUCUCGUCCUCCCUCAUUCACUAGAACCGUCCGGCAGGGAGACUCCGGUCAGCGUGGACUCUAUACCGCUGGAGUGGGACCACACGGUGGACGUGGGCGGGUCUUCAUCACCUGAGGACGAAGACGAGGCCACGUACUACAGUGCGCUCUCAGUGUCUGAGCCCUGCUGGCAAGACAGGAAACGCAUCAUCCGUUGCCUGACCGCCAGCCCGACCAACACUAGUGCUUCUUACCAUCCGGAGGGAUAUGCGAAGCUGAUGUCCGAGUGCACAGAGAGCAUAGACAACGUGAAGCGAGUCAAACACAUCCUUAAUGAUGAUGAUGUGCUGCGCGAGCAUCAGGGCCUGACCCUACUGUCAUCUGGAGACAAACAGACAGGAGUGAUUGAGCGAUGGGAGCUUCUCCAGGCUCGAACACAGGCUAAGGGCGAGGAUCUUGGUGCUCACCUGGAUCGUGCCAAGUUGAUCUCCGACCUUGAAGAGGUGAAAUCCUGUUUGGAUUGUGUGCUUCCAGAACUGGGGAUGCCGCAAAGAGGGAAGGAGAACCCGAGCAUCAAAGACAUUGAGAACAGUAUUUGCAAGCUCAAGGAGAACCAGAGGACGUUCGGCGGCUACAAGGCUCUGAUGAUCGCGGUGAAUCUAAGUGGACGGCACCUCCUGCAUGGAGAAGGAGCAGAGGUGCAGCAGCUGAAGACAGAACUGCAGGCUGCCAAUCAGAAGUGGACACAGGCCUGUGCUGCACUUGAUGCCUGGGAGAACCAGCUGCACCUUGAGCUCUUGCAGUGUCAAGAGUUCCAUGAGACCUUGCACUCUCUACUGCUGUGGCUGGCUCGAGCUGAGUCUCUGCGCUACAUCGUGAACAUUCAUGACCUGAAUGUGGACGCUGACGUACUGCAGGAACACAGAGAUACACUCAAGGCAGUCCAACGUGAGCUCCUGAGUCGAGAAGAGGAAGUGCAGUCGCUGCAGCAGAUCUCGUCCCACAUCCUCCAUGUGGAGCAUUGUGAGGAGAGCAUGGAGGCCAAGGAGAAGGUUCAUGUCGUUUACAACAAGCUUCGCCUCCUUCUCAGACAGAUCAGCCAUGACCUCAACACAAUGAAGACCAGACUGAAAAGUGAAGGAUCAUCAGUAGACCGUAAGCAUGUGCAGCACCCAGCGCUAACGGACAAGAAGACAAGUGCUGUUGAGAGGAGACCUUCUGCAUGUGCUAAGGACUUUUCCAGAGGGAGACCGUUCUUGUCCCGGGUUCUGCGAGUUGCAUUUCCACUCCAUCUGCUCUUCCUGCUGCUUCUGAUGUUGGUCUGCCUAGUGCCAGCGUCUGAAGAGGAUUACAGCUGUGCCCUGUCCAAUAACUUUGCCCGCUCCUUCUACCCCAUGCUGCGCUACACCAAUGGUCCCCCUCCUACGUGAGCAACCGGCCCUUGAAAUAUUUUUACACUAUCAGCAAUUUUAUGACAGUAUCUGAGGGGAAAAAAAAAAAGUUGUACAGAACUAAGGUUUAAAUGAAGAAGAAGAAAAUUCAUAUUUUUGGAAGGAAACAUUAUAAAUAAAAUAGAAAACCAGGUUACAACAAUGAAAUUUUUUGGUUCUAUUUUCAGUUUGGUGCAUGUUUUUACGUGUAAAAACUAUGGACUUGGCAUGAAGUAUUAGUGCAUUUAGUUUUUUAGCUACUCCGGCUGACAUGAAUUUAGAAGACAAUUCUCUAAGAGUACAUUUGAAUACAGAAACAAAAAAACAAUCGAAUACACACACAUCAAUAGAAUUAUCCGUACAUGUCAAAACUGCUGACUUGUUAUAUAGUUUUUAAACAACGAUAAAAUAUUUUAUUUUAUUUAUUUCCCCUCACCAAACAAAAGCUAUAUUAGAGAUGUACUGAGAAUUAGAGUGUGUACAGUUUUAAUUAUUUAUGGUCAUGAUGUAUAGUUUAAAGUCAAUUGUUACUUCUUAAGAAAUGAAGCUGUUUGCCCAAAGCGUGUUGAAGUACUUGGUCCUUUUUAUUUAUUUUUAUCUAACAGUCUGGUGAGAUUGUUGAAGUAGGACACUGACGACUAACAUGAUUUUACGACAAUAAAUUAUGCAUCGACACACUU